AUGAGCAUACCUUCUUCAAGAGAAUCUUCAGUGACGGUAGCGGUUCGUGUAAGACCAUUUACUCAACAAGAAGCUUCACAUUUAGUUGUUAAUAAAGAAGAUCAAUUUUUCUUAGGUGAUGGUGCUUUAACUUUUAAUGAUUCAAGACAAGAAAAUAAAGAAAAUGUAUAUAAAUCUUCAACUCCAAAAAGAUUUGCUCCAAAAGGUUUAAGAAAAAUUGUUGAUGUUGUUGAUGAUCGAAUGUUAAUUUUUGAUCCACCUGAAAAUAAUCCAUUAGCUAAAAUUUCAAAAAAUGUUUCAACAAAUGGGAAAAGAAGUACAAGAUUUAAAGAACAUAGAUUUGUUUUCGAUAAAUUAUUUGAUGAAGGAGCGGCUCAAGAAGAAGUUUAUUAUAAUACUACAAGACCUCUAUUAGAUAGUGUAUUAGAUGGAUUUAAUGGUACUAUUUUUGCAUAUGGUGCUACUGGUUGUGGUAAAACUCAUACAAUUAGUGGGACAAUGGAUUCUCCAGGGAUAAUUUUCUUAACAAUGAAGGAAUUAUUUGAAAGAAUUGAUGAUUUGAAAGAUACAAAAUUAGUUGAUGUUUCAUUAUCUUAUCUGGAAAUUUAUAAUGAAACAAUUAGAGAUUUAAUGCAACCAGAUAAUGGUGGGAAACUGUUAACUUUAAGAGAAGAUGCUAAUUCAAGAAUCAAUGUUAGUAAUUUGACAACUCAUAAACCUCAAUCUGUUGAAGAUGUCAUGGAUAUGAUUAUUAUUGGUAAUAAAAACAGAACAAGUUCACCAACAGAAGCAAAUGCAACCUCUUCAAGAUCUCAUGCUGUUUUACAAAUUAAUGUUACACAGAAAAAUAGAACUGCUGAUGUUAAACAAGAUCAUACUUUUGCAACUUUAUCAAUUAUUGAUCUUGCUGGUAGUGAACGAGCUGCUGCAACUAAAAAUAGAGGUGAAAGAUUACAUGAAGGUGCAAAUAUUAAUAAAUCAUUAUUGGCAUUAGGUAAUUGUAUUAAUGCGUUAUGUGAUGUAAGAAGAAGAAAUCAUGUUCCUUAUAGAGAUUCCAAAUUAACAAGAUUAUUAAAAUUUUCACUAGGUGGUAAUUGUAAAACUGUGAUGAUUGUUUGUAUUAGUCCUUCAAGUCAGCAUUAUGAUGAAACUUUGAAUACAUUGAAAUAUGCAAAUAGAGCUAAAGAAAUCAAAACAAAAGUUUCAAGAAAUCAACAUUCAUUAAAUAGACAUGUUGCUUCUUAUUUAAAAUUAAUUACAGAACAAAAACAAGAGAUUGAUGAACUAAGACAAAGAGAAGGAUUAAUUGUUCAACAAGCCAUUGAAAGACACAAUAACAAGAAAGACAGAGUACAAAUCGGUGUUAUUGAAUUCAUUGAUACCUUAAAGCAAAAUUUAAACUCUAAAAAAUUUCAACAUUUAAAAUUGAAAAAAUCAUCAAUUUUAUGUAAAAGAAAAUUAUUACUGUUACAUCGUGGUGAAUUACAAAAAUAUCUGAGAAGUAUUGAUUCAAUUCAUAAUCCAAUUCUGGAAUUUUCAAAUGCAUAUACAGCAAUUGAAGAUCUGGUUGAUAAAAUUACAAAUAAGAUUCAAGAAUUAGAAAUAUUAUUUGAUGAAGAGAGUGAAUUAGACUUAAUUUUAUCUGGUUCUGCAAAUAGUGGGAUAAGGAAAUUAUCAGAAUUAGAAGCUUGGUCAAGUUAUGAUAAAAUCACUUUAGAUACUACAUUAUCACUGAUGAAGGAUUCAGUUGAUGGAACAAUUAUUCAUAAUGCUUCAAUAGCAUUUGAUAAGAUUUUAUUAUCAGAUUCUUUUAUGACAAAUUUUAAAUGUAUUAGUACAAAUUUAUUUCAAAUUAUUAAUCAAUUAUCAAUAUUACAAAAUGAUUCAGAUAAAAUGGAUACAUUAAAAGGUGAAUUGCGUUUAGUUUUACAUGAAUUUUAUCAAUCAUUUGAUCAAUCUUUAAAUGAAAUUUUAAACAUUGAUUCUAAAUUUGAAAAAUUUAUUGCACAACUGCAAUAUGAUAUUACAUCUGAAAUUUCAAUACCUACAUCACCAAUUAGACAAAUUGCAAGAGCUAGAACAUCUUCACCUUUCAAUAAAGCUUCACCAAUUUCUAAAAUGACACAAAAUGGUAUUUCCAAAAUAACUAAGAAUACAUCAUCACCAUUAAGACCACCAAUUAAUAAGAAUAAAGCUAUCAAAAAAGUAAGAUGGAAUGUACCAGAUGAAUCAUUAAAUGAAGCUGAUCCAGAUUCAGAUAUAAGUAUGGAUGAUCUUGCCAAAGAUACAGAUAAAUUAGAAAUGCAUUCGUCAAUGAGUUUAAAUAAUGAUCAAAGUAUAUUAGAUCAAAGUUUUUCAGAAUUAGAAAAUUCAUUAUCAAAACCUAAAAAAAGAAAAUCAUUGACAUCAAAAUCAUUACAACCAAUAUCAAAUGGUCCAAGAAGGUCAUUAACUGGAAAUUUAACAAAUAAUAACUCAAAUGAAACUAAUAUAUCUAGUGGGUUGGGUCCACCUAUUAGAUUAAAUAAUAUUUUAAAUGAUACCCAAAGUGAUUAG